AUGAGUGCAUCCAAGAAAAAUACACCAAAAACAAAUCCAACAGAAAGAUUCGUUAUAAUUCCUCGUAAAAUAAUACCCGCUCAAAAUACAUGCUUUUUUGAUGAUGUUUUGGCAGUCGAAACUGACGUUACCAGACAAUUAAAGUUACUUGGAGAUCAAAAUAAGCCAAAAGGCAGCAUACCCGUUAAUAGUAAACCAUCUUUUAGUGAUGUUUUACCUGUCGAAGCUGGAGUAACAAGACAAUCAAAGUUAUUAGAAACUCAAAGUAAACCAAAAAACAAUAACGUACCUGUUCAUGAUAAAUCACCUUUUGGUGAUGUCGAAGCUGGCAUAACAAGACAAUCAAAGUUAUUCGAAGCUCAAAACAAGUCAAAAAACAAUAAUAAUAAAAUUGAAUCUAAAAUAUCUCAUGCAAUAACGAUACCACCAAUUUCUGAUAAUAAGGGGAAACAAAAAGAAAUGAACCCAAAUAACAUUAGCAAUAAUAAAAUUGAAACAAUUAUUAUACCCAAUAAAAUACCCACUCCAGUUAUAUCGAUUUUUGAUGAUGUUUUAGCUGUUGAAACGGACGUUACCAGACAAUUAAAGUUACUUGGAGCUAGUAAGAAUAACAAUAAGGCUGAGUCUAAAGAACCAUCUGUAAAUAAUGAUUCAUCCUCGACAAUUAUUCCAAAGUCAGCCACUUCCUCAGAUCCUUCCAGAAAAGGCUCAAAACGGCCACUAUCUCCUGAUCAUAGUGAAAGGCCAAAAUCUCACAAAUUUGGGAGAAUGGAUCCCAAAAUUAAUGAAGAAAUCAAACCCUCAGCUAAACUCUCGGGAGGUAAAAUGAUUACACAAAGACCAUUGUCAUCAAUGAAACCUCAAACUACAACUGUGAGAACUGCUUCAUCAAUAUCAAAAAGACCAACUGUUGUAAACACAAGACCAUCAAACGGAUCUGGAAGAGUUGAUUUUAAAAAUGCAGGAUUAUCACGAAAUAUUGCUUCCCCUAUUAAAUUAAGCGGAUCUGAAAGCGUUAGGGCUAGGAAUACAGGACCAAUGUUCACAACAUCUAUUUCUUCUUCUCCUGGUAAAAUAAAUGGAUCUGGCAGUGUUAGGAAUACAGGAUUAUCACAAACUACUGCCUCAUCUAGUAAAAAAUUAAAUGGUGGGAACACAAAAUCAUUACAAACAACACCUACUAGUACCACUGGUAAAUAUUCAUACGGGCCUGGAGGUGUUAUUAGUAAGAAUACUGGAAUAUCGCAAAGUACCACUGCAUUUCCUAGCAAAAAACUAAAUGGCGUUGGUAUUGGAAAUAAAGAAUCACCACGAGCAACAUCUAGCACUACUGCUUGUAAAUAUUCUUAUGGGCCUGGAGGCGUUAUUACUAAAAAUACAGGAUCAUCACGAAAAAUAUCUUCAAGUAUGCCUUCUAGCAAACCAAAUAGAUCUGGAAGUGUUAAUGAAAAAUCAUCAUCGUCAUCACCUUCCGUUAUGGAUGUAUUACAAGAGGAAUCAAUUAGCUCGAAGCUUGGUAAAAUGGAAGAUGAUGAACAGGAAAAAAUGGAGGAGAGGAGGAAAUUGUUGAAGAGAAAGAAAAUGUCCAAGUAA